AACAUUCCAGUGAGGUUUGGGGUUCGAGUCCUCGGAAGCACGCUGGCUGUCCUCCGCCUCCUCCGGGGCGAGGGUGCGGCGUUUACGGGCAGGCGCCUGUGCUCGUCGGGACCCCCGUUUAGGCUCCUCUUCUUCGGCUCGGACCACUUCGCUGUGGAGUCCCUUAAAAUCCUCGAGGCUGACAGAAGCGGCAGGGGUGGCGUCGUGUCAUCGUUGGAAGUAGUGACGCUGAGUGACGAUGUCCCUGUGGCGGACUUUGCCCGGCGUUGUCAUCUCCCCCUGCAGCGAUGGCCGCCGGGCAACUUGAGUGGGCGCUUCGACGCGGGUGUGGUGGUGUCCUUCGGGUGUUUGCUCAGGCGACGGCUCAUCGAAGAGUUUCCACGCGGCAUCUUGAACGUCCAUCCCAGCCUUCUCCCUCGUUGGCGUGGCCCCGCGCCCAUCUUCCACACCAUUCUAAACGGAGACGCCGUGACGGGUGUGACCAUCAUGCAGAUACGGCCUCACAAGUUCGACACAGGUCCCAUCCUGAGCCAGACUCUCCACCGGGUGCCCGAGACCAACACGUCCGAGCAGCUUGCAGACGCCCUCGCCGUUAAAGGAGCCCGGCUGCUCCUGGACACGUUACAGACUUUACCUCAAAAGAUGGCCGACAUGCGAGAGCAGAGCCAGAACGGCGCCACCUUUGCCCCCAAGAUCAGCUCCUCCAUCUGCUGGCUUUCCUGGGAGGAGCAAACGUGCAGACAAAUCGACCGACUCUACCGAGCCGUCGGCUCCAGGUUUCCUCUGCGGACCACGUGGAUGGGUCACACCAUCAAGCUGGGGGACUUUGCGGGGAGUUGUCAGGUCUCGUGGACUCCUCCGCCGCCGUCGCCGGGCUCUGUGAUCUUCCGCAAGGAGUCGGACGCGCUGGCCGUGCGCUGCAAGGACGGCUGGGUGAGCUUCAAGACAGUGGUCCUGAAGAAACGUCUGACGGCGGCCGACUUUUAUAACGGCUACUUGCACCGAACGGCCGGGCCGCACGGCGAUGCCGUCUUUGUCAGCCCGCCUGGGGGAGGGCCGGAAAGCCGCGCCAACAAAAGUACCACCCACUGUUCCUGACGGACAUUUCCCCUCGGACUGUUCGGUGAGUGUCGGAGUUGCCAGCGGGGGGCGCCGUCUGACCUUUAGUCAGGUUGAUGGAGCCAACGGAAAAAAGGAUUUUAACACCUUGGCUGGCAUUGACGGCCCAGUCGAAACGGAUUAACGUCUGGCGCCAUCAGUGUGAGCUUAGAGGCUGCGGUCGUGAAAACCGUUUUCACGGCGGCUGAUUUUUAAAAUGGCUACCGGGACCCGCCGCGUCAUUUUGUGUGGCUUGCAAAGUAAAUCAUUUUUCUCUGUAAAAUAAAAUUGAAAUUCCAGCUGUCAAGAUCAAGGAUAACAGUAAUAUUUCAAUAUUUACUGUGCUUUUAACGGAAAAAAAAGAAAAGAAUAAAUGUACGUGAAAAAAAGUUUUUGCCUGUUUUAUCUUUUUUAAUUAAAAAAACAACAACAAAAAUCGAAUGUUACUUUUUUUCCCCCAUUCCCGGGACACUUUCUGUUGAUUUGGCAGCAUUUCAAGUUCACUUCCUGUUCCUAUUGGGACGCUUC